AUGGGAGAGCGAUAUCUAAAUCAUAUACUAAUUGUCGGCAGGGUGUCACAGCUAUCGUUUGUGGUGCCGUCGACUAGGAUUGUUUGGAUUGUUGCUCAGGGUGGAUCAGAUGAGAUCCUCGUUUGUGGCAUCGAUGGAGAGUCCGAUCCAAGCGACGGCAGUGUAUGCAAGAAUGGAGGUAACAAGGGCAGCAGUGUAGAUGAGGUUCAUCUUGUAGACGUUGUACACCCACCAUUCACAUUAAUUCGAACAACUGGACUUUUGUCACAAUUCGGAAUCAGUCAGAUGUUUCAAUUUUAUGCAUUUGCUAUUGCAAUCGAAUUCAAUGGCCUAUCUGUAAGUGAGAUGUUUUAUUUCCGUUACAAAGCGGGUCUCUUGAAUUAUCGAGAGCAUCGUUUUACUUAUUAUCUCCGUACUUUCGUAUAUUUAACUAGAUUCAUUGCCAUAUUCAAUGUCUGUUUCUGUAUUUUCACUAUCCAUGAUGCUUCGGAAUUCCAACAAAACCACAAAGCUGUGAUGUUUCAUAAUAACCCGUCACUCAGUUUUUUGAAUUGUUCGAAUCUUUAUCUAGUCAUUCCAUUUGCUGAUUAUGUCUCUUCCAUUAUUUUAACAACGUGGAUUGUUCAAACCGCAUCACUCAUAGCUUCUGUUCCCGGAACAGUAGUUUACAUUAGUCACAAUGUUCCCAAAUCAAUAUCAGCUGCCACGUGGAAGAUUCAACAACAACUGCUUUUGAGUCUGAUUAUUCAAACAGCAAUACACGGAAUUAUGUUGGGAAUUCCGAAUGCAAUGUUCAUUUAUGCUCUGUUUUUUGGAUUCACAAAUGAAUAUAUUGCAUACACAUCGUUUGUAUGUCUGACUUAUCAUGGGUUUGUUUCUACUUUUGCUAUGAUUGUAUUCACAAGGCCUCUGCGAGAAUAUGUAUUAUCAGCAAUGAAGAUUCGGAAAGCUAGCAUCGGAACGGGUAUUAUGAACGCCAUCUACACUGCAGUCCUUGUUGCCUCCACUCUUGCAUACACAGCCGUCGCUUGGAUUGGACUAUCCAUCGAUGCCGCCAACGAGGAUCUCAUCUGA